AUGGAGAGUCAUUACGGCACCCACGCGGAGCUCAAGUCGCUCAUCGCCGGCUUCCACGCCAGGGGCAUCCAGUGCGUCGCCGACGUCGCGAUCAACCACCGGUGCGCCGACUACAAUGACAGCCGCGGCAUCUACUACGUCUUCGAAGGCGGCACCACCGACAUGAUCUGCAGCGACGACACACAGUACUCCAACGGCUGCGGCCACCGGGACAUGGAUGCGGACUUCGCCGUGGCGUCCGACAUCGACCACCUCAACCCGCGCGUGCAGGAGGAGCUCCCCGAACUGGCGCGCGCAGAGGUGACGGGCGCAGGUGGUGGCGGCUCGCGACGAACUGGAUUGAGGCACGACGAAACGGAACAAUUAGAUCUGCUGCAUAGGAUCUUAAACAUUGAUACAAAGAACGUAGACGUAAGGAUAAUUAGUCAUAAUUUUACAAAUAAUACGAUCAUUACUAAAAUACUCUAUUAAAAUAACGAUACUCUCCUUCACCGAUAUUAUUUUCUACCGUAAAAGAUCUCUGUUAAAAAGAACACCUUA